AAACAACCUUUUUAAAAUAUAGUUUAUAAAAAGGUUUAAAACAAUGUUGAGAGUCAAGAGAAGGAAAGUAUCAUGGCUAGUUUUGAUAUUCCAACAAUUGAUGUUUCUCCAUUUUUGAUAUCAGAGGAAGAUGGAGAUGGGAAAAAGAAGGUUAUGGAGCAAAUAGGGGAAGCCUGUGUUAACUAUGGCUUCUUCCAGAUUGAGAAUCAUGGAAUUCCUUUGGGAUUGCUGAGUAGUGCAAUGGAUUUGUACAAGACUUUCUUUGCUUGUUCAGAUGAAGAUAAAUUAUUGGUCUCUCCAAAACCCGGUUCAUCAAUACCAGCUGGUUAUUUGAAAAGCCCACAAAAUUCAGCGGAGAAGAAUGAGCACUUCGUCUUUCUUCCUCCAUCCUCUGGCUUCAAUGUCUAUCCCAACAAUCUACCUCAUUUGAAACAAGUUUUGGAGGAGAUGAUUUCGCGCUUCACCAAAUUAGGAAUGCUAUUGGAGAGCAUCAUAAGUGAGUGUUUGGGCCUCCCUCCUAACACCCUUGCAAAAUUCAACGAUGAUCGGUCAUGGGACUUCUUGAUUGGUCUCCAUUAUUUUCCAGCAACAGAAGCUGAAAAUAAUGGAAAAUCUGCACAUGAAGAUGGCAACUGCAUUACUUUUGUCUACCAGGAUGAAGUCGGAGGCCUUCAAGUGCACAAAGAUGGGCAGUGGAUCCCUAUAGCACCUUCCAAAGACAAACUAGUUGUUAACAUUGGUGAUAUUAUUCAGGUGUUAAGCAACAACAAAUUCAAGAGUGCAACACAUAGAGUGGUGAGACAGAGGGGGAAAAGCCGUUACUCGUAUGCAUUCUUCUAUAACUUGCAGGGAGACAAGUGGGUUGAGCCAUUACCACAGUUUACAGAGGAAAUUGGAGAAUCGCCCAAGUACAGAGGAUUCCUCUUCAAAGAAUAUGCGCAGCUGAGAGUCAAAAACAGGACUCAUCCACCAACUAGACCUGAAGAUCUCAUCCACAUAACUCACUAUUCAAUUUCUAAUUAGAGAGGAAUUAAUUCUAUGUGAUCAAAGGUUUUCCUCUAUGUCGUAGGAAACAUGGCAAUAGUAUGUGUUACUUCACUCAGAAUUAAUGUGGAGACAAUUUAUUUGAGUUUUAUCUCUUCAAUCCGCUAUCCCAUUUCACUUGUUUCCUGCAGAACCUCUUAUUUCAUAGAUUACUGGAACAAUAUCAUA